AUGUCUCAAUCAUUGCGCCCAUAUCUUCAAUGCGUUCGGUCUUCCCUUACCGCCGCUCUUGCGAUCUCGAACUUCGCUUCGCAAACCUCCGAAAGACACAAUGUCCCCGAGAUCGAGGCCGCCAGUUCCCCGGAACUCCUCCUGAACCCCCUCACCGUUUCGCGCAAUGAAAACGAGAAAGUCUUGAUCGAACCCAGUGUAAACAGUGUUCGCGUGAGCAUCAGAAUUAAGCAGGCAGACGAAAUCGAGCAUAUCCUGGUCCACAAGUUCACCAGAUUCUUGACACAACGGGCGGAGUCCUUCUUUAUCUUGCGGAGGAAACCCGUGAAGGGAUAUGAUAUCUCUUUCCUAAUCACCAACUUCCAUACCGAGGCCAUGUUGAAGCACAAACUGGUGGACUUUAUCAUUCAGUUCAUGGAGGAAGUAGAUAAGGAGAUCUCCGAGAUGAAGCUCUUCCUUAAUGCCCGCGCUCGUUUCGUUGCCGAGUCCUUCUUGACACCAUUCGACUAG